GUCACGGGGCCGGUUUCCCAGGAUUGCUGCGGGAGAAGGAGCUCUGCAGGGCGGGGAGAGAGCGGCCCAGCUGCCGGAGAGGAGACACCGAGCAGCACCACAGAUACCCUGGGAUAAAAUCCACAACAACAUUAAUACCUUUAAACAAGUCCUGGGAGCUGACGCACAACCGAGAGUGGAGCGAUGGAGGAUGGGAAGCCGGUGUGGGCGCCGCACCCUGCCGACGGGUUCCAGCUGGGAACCAUCGUGGACAUCGGAGCCGACAGCCUCACCAUCGAACCUCUCAAACAGAAGGGGAAGACGUUUGUGGCCGCCUUAAACCAGGUGUAUCCUGCGGAGGACGACGUCAACAAACAUGUGGAGGACAACUGUUCUCUGAUGUACUUGAAUGAAGCGACGCUGCUGAAUAACGUCAGAGUCAGAUACAGCAAAGAGAAGAUCUACACGUUUGUAGCCAACAUCCUGAUCGCAGUGAACCCUUACUAUGACAUCCCAAAGCUUUACUCACCGGAGAUCAUCCAGAAGUACAGGGGGCGGUCUCUGGGAACACUGCCCCCUCACGUGUACGCUAUCGCUGAUAAGGCGUACCGAGACAUGAGGGUCCUGAAGAUGAGUCAGUCCAUCAUCGUCUCCGGGGAGUCCGGAGCCGGGAAGACCGAGAACACCAAGUUCGUGCUCAGAUAUUUAACGAGCUCGUACGGGACGGGUCAGGACAUCGACGAGAGGAUAGUGGAAGCCAACCCGCUGCUCGAGGCUUUCGGGAACGCCAAGACGGUCCGGAACAACAACAGCAGCCGCUUCGGAAAGUUUGUGGAAAUCCACUUCAAUGAGAAGAACACGGUGGUGGGGGGAUUCGUGUCCCACUACCUGCUGGAGAAGUCGAGGAUCUGCAGGCAGAGUCAGGAGGAGAGGAACUACCACAUCUUCUACAGACUCUGCGCCGGAGCGUCGGAGGACAUCCGGCAGAAGUUCCACCUGAGCUCCCCUGACACCUACAGGUAUCUGAACCGAGGAUGCACUCGAUACUUCGCCUCCAAAGACUCAGACAAGCAGAUCCUGCAGAACCGCAAGAGCUCCGAGCACGUGAAGGCGGGGCCCCUGAAGGACUCCCUGCUGGACGACCAGGGCGACUUCACCAGGAUGUCGGUGGCGAUGAAGAAGAUCGGGCUGGAUGACUCGGAGAAGCUGGACCUGUUCCGGGUGGUGGCCGGAGUCCUGCACCUCGGGAACGUCGACUUCGAGGAGACGGGGAGCACCUCAGGCGGCUGCACCAUCAAGAACCAGUCCUCCCAGAGCGUGGAGCACUGUGCGGAGCUGCUGGGGCUGGAGGAGGACGACCUGAGGGUCAGCCUCACCUCCAGGGUCAUGCUCACCACAGCAGGGGGCACCAAAGGGACCGUCAUCAAAGUUCCCCUGAAGGUGGAGCAGGCGAACAACGCCCGGGAUGCGCUGGCGAAGGCGGUUUACAGCCGGCUGUUUGAUCACGUGGUGACCCGGGCCAAUCAGUGCUUCCCGUUCGACUCCUCCGCCAACUUCAUCGGAGUGCUCGACAUUGCCGGCUUCGAGUACUUUGAACACAACAGCUUCGAGCAGUUCUGCAUCAACUACUGCAACGAGAAGCUGCAGCAGUUCUUCAACGAGCGCAUCCUGAAAGAGGAGCAAGAGCUGUACCAGAGGGAGGGUCUCGGAGUCAACGAAGUUCACUACGUCGACAACCAGGACUGCAUCGACCUGGUGGAGGCGAAGAUGGUCGGCGUCCUGGACAUCCUGGACGAGGAGAACCGCCUCCCUCAGCCCAGCGACCAGCACUUCACCGACACCGUGCACAACAAGCACAAGAACCACUUCCGCCUCACCGUACCCAGGAAGUCUAAGCUGGCGGUGCACAGGAACGUGAGGGACGAUGAAGGAUUUAUUAUCAGACACUUUGCAGGAGCCGUGUGCUACGAGACGACCAAGUUUGUGGAGAAGAACAACGACGCGCUCCACAUGUCUCUCGAGUGUCUCGUCAGCGAGUCGAAGGACCGAUUCGUUCGCGAGCUUUUCGAGAACUCCAACAACAGCAAAGACGUGAAGCAGAAGGCGGGAAAACUGAGCUUCAUCAGCGUGGGGAACAAGUUCAAGACGCAGCUGAACAUCCUCCUGGAGAAGCUGCGCAGCACGGGCUCCAGCUUCAUCCGCUGCAUCAAACCCAACCUGAAGAUGAUCAGCCACCAGUUCGAAGGAGCGCAGAUCCUCUCACAGCUGCAGUGCUCCGGCAUGGUGUCGGUGUUGGACCUGAUGCAGGGCGGCUUCCCCUCCCGGGCUCCUUUCCACGAGCUCUACAACAUGUACCAGCAGUACAUGCCUCCCAAGCUCUGCCGCCUCGACCCCCGUCUCUUCUGCAAGGCUCUGUUCAAGGCUCUGGGGCUCAACGAGAACGACUACAAGUUUGGCCUGACCCGAGUGUUCUUCCGGCCGGGCAAGUUUGCAGAGUUUGAUCAGAUCAUGAAGUCGGACCCGGACCACCUGGCUGAGCUGGUGAAGAAGGUGAACACCUGGCUGAUCCACAGCCGCUGGAAGAAGGUGCAGUGGUGCGCGCUGUCCGUCAUCAAACUGAAGAACAAGAUCUUGUACCGGACCAGCGCCUGCAUUAAGAUGCAGAAGACGGUCCGGAUGUGGCUCUGCAGGAGGAAACACAAACCAAGGAUCGACGGCUUGGUGAAGGUGCGUAACCUGAAGAAGAGGAUGGACCGCUUCAGCGAGGUGAUCGCCGGCCUGAAGGAAGGGAAGCAGGAGAUGAGCAAACAGAUCCAGGACCUGGAUAGCGCCAUCGACUCGCUCAUGAUCAAAAUCAAGAGCACCAUCAUGACCCGGCUGGAGAUAGACCACGAGUUCCAGGCGCUGGUGACCCGGUCAGAGCAGCUGCUGACGGCCAUGCAGAACAAGAAGAAGGAGGAGGAGGAGCGUGAGAGGCUGAAGAAGAUCCAGGAGGAGAUGGAGAGGGAGAAGAAGAGGAGGGAGGAGGAUGAGCAGCAACGCAAGCAGGAGGAGGACAACCGCCGUCUGAAAUCAGAGAUGGAGCUGAAGAGGAAGCAGGAAGAAGAGGAGAGGAAGAGGAGGGAGGAAGAGGAGAGGAGGAUGCAGGAUGAGAUGGAGCUGCAGCUGCUGGCGGAGCGGGAGGAGGAGGCGUCCCGGCAGACGGUGCUGGAGCAGGAGAGGAGGGACCGGGAGCUGGCCCUCAGGAUCGCCCAGAGCGAGGCUGAACUCAUACCUGAGGAGGCCAACGACCUGCGCAGUAACGGCUCCUCAGUUCCAUCGUCUCCCGAGAGAGCAGCCUCUGCUGGAACCCCAGUGCUCAAGAGCUUGACCAUGGAAGAGAUGGCCAAGGAAAUGUCUGAACUGCUGGCUAGAGGUCCACAGGUUCAGGCCACCAAGGCUGCAGCCGGCGCCAAGAAGUACGAGCUGAGCAAGUGGAAGUACGCCGAGCUGCGGGACGCCAUCAAUACCUCGUGUGACAUCGAGCUGCUGGCCGCCUGCAGGGAGGAGUUUCACCGCCGGCUCAAAGUGUACCACGCCUGGAAGUCAAAGAACAAGAAGAGGAACACGGAGACGGAGCAGCGAGCGCCCAAAUGCGUCACGGACUACGAUCAUGCACCUGCUGUGAGAAAAGCAUCCCAGCAGAACCCGGCCCCCCCGAUCCCGGCCCGGCAGCUGGAGGUGGCGAUGAACCGGCAGCAGAGGUACUUCCGGAUCCCCUUCAUCCGGCCGGGGGACCAGUACAAGGAUCCGCAGGGCAAGAAGAAGGGCUGGUGGUACGCCCACUUCGAUGGGCCCUGGAUCGCCCGGCAGAUGGAGCUGCACCCGGACAAGCACCCCAUCGUGCUGGUGGCAGGUAAAGACGAUAUGGAGAUGUGCGAGCUGAGUCUGGAGGAGACCGGGCUCUCCAGGAAGCGGGGGGCGGAGAUCCUGCCCCGGCAGUUUGAGGAGAUCUGGGAGCGCUGCGGGGGGGUCAGCUACCUGCGCAGCGCCAUCGAGAGCCGGCAGGCCCGCCCCACCUACGCCACCGCCAUGCUGCAGAGCAUGUUCAAGUGAAGGGGGGUGGGGGCUUCCACUGCAAACAAAGGGACAAAUGCACCAGCUACCUAACGGGGGGGUGGGGGGGUUUCUUCUUCUCUGUGCUGGUUUCCUGACGGGGGAGGGUUUGCAUUGAGCCCUGCAGAACAUCCCAUUAAUUAAAGAGGAACCAGGGACCAGUGAUGGUGGAAAUGUUGUGGGGGGGGUCCCAGCUCAGAGACACUGUUGGAUGCUAACCUGCAUAUGAUGGGCUGUUAGCACUAUUAGCAUUCAUUAGCACCAAUAAUUAGCAUUACACAAUAAGGCUCUGCGGAUUUGAGUCCAUUUUUCUCCAUCGGUUCUCCUGAUGACCUCCAUGAGUCGUGUAGUGACCAUUAGAUACAGAGAGCACCUCUACUGAGGACACUUUAAUAAAUAAGCAAUCUGUCCGAUCAAAUGAUCCAAAGUCCACUAAAUCUUCAAAUUGACCCAGAUGAGUCUAAAUGUGGUCCCUUUCUGGUCCUGAAAUGAACAUCCUCAAUAACCCCCGACAUUGUCAAAAUCAGCCGAGACAUUUCAUAAAUAUUGUCCUCAUAAGCUACUGAAUGAUGCUAAUAGCCCGUCAUAUGCAGGUAAGCAUCCGGCAGAGACCCCUACCCAUUUCUAUCAUGGAUCACGGUUCCCUUGAGGACUCUCCUCCUGUAACACUUCUGAAGUCUAAUGACGAGGCCUUACUUCUUCUCUAACCGGGUUCAGACGCCACAUGUAGGACUCCUCUCUUUUGUUUUGAAGCUGCCUCCCCAGAACCAGAGCCCCCCGUGUGAUUAUGCAUCCCCGCGUCUCUUCCGUACUCACAGAUGUUUACAUCGUCUCCGUGGUUCCUCCAGGGCGGGGACUCUUGCACAAGGAGCCUCAGACUUCAGAUCUCUGCUAACACUUUUACCUUUUGUCUUUCCAAGCGAAUGUAACUGCUCGUUGAUUUGUUCCCGUAGUGAUUCCUCUCUUCCUGCCUCUGGUUUAAUGAGAGAAAGGUCCAAGACAUCAAACCCUGGGUGGUUUUUAUUUUCUGGCCUGAGCAGUAAUUCAGCUCCCUGAUUAUGUGUGUGUUUAUGAAGCGAUUAUGCAACUCCUCGUGGUUCAGCUCUGCAGAAACAGAUCAUCUUUAAAGUCUUUACACGAGGAAACUCUUUGCCAACGCAGUGAGUCACAUGACAUAAAGGAAUCAUCCCACUGCUCAGAAGUAUAAUUUGAUUCUUAAAAUGUUCCGUAAUAAUCGAGUCUCUGGUUUGAGAGGCUCACGGCGAUGCCCUGGUACUCAACUGGAACAUGCAUACAGUACGAUAUGUCUCCUUACAGCAGGUGCAGAAGAACGUUUGUACAGGUUCUACUCCACGAGAAGCAAUAAAUCAAGCGCACUGAGCGUACGGGGGGGGGGGGGGACAGAAAGCCUCCUGUGACAGGUGUAAAAAGAGACAAUCUGCUGCUGUGACGCUACACCUGUGUUCCCCUGAGGUUCCCCCCCGCUCUGCUCCGCACAGCAAAGCGCUGACGUAGAUUAUCCCAACGCAUGAACAUCUGUCUCGUUGCAAAGCAGCAGAUCCUCCUUUUUACAAACGGCAUUAACGUGCGGGAGAGCCAUGAACUAAUGCACCACAGAAACCUGGAACACAUAAAGCAAAGACCAAGUCAUCUGUCUUCAUGUCCCGGUCCAAAGUAGACUGUAGGUUUUAAAGACUCCAGAACCUGUAGAAACCACACGGGUUUAAAUUACUGAUAAAAUAAGUCUUUAAUUGACCAAAAACUGACAUGCUCAAUUUCACCCUUUUAUUCAAAUGUAAGAUGCUCUCUCUCCCCUGUGCUUUCUCUCUAUUGAGCAGCCUGUGCAGUUUAACUCAUGCAGCAAAAACUCUGUUUAGCUUCAAACUGAAGGACUGCCAUUAGCUUUUUAAAGCUCCUUAAAGUGUGGGACCCUGACCUAGAACCCCGGGAUCAAAGUGUGUCUGGUGCAUGAAGACACAUAGAGGGUCCCCUUCCUGCCUCAGAGCACGUUAAUGCCGGGUGUGAAUGGGUCUGCUCCCUGAGCUCCACCCCCCACCCUGAAAGCGUCCUGCUCCUGCUCCACACCUCACAAUCAUUCCUGGGGAAGCACUGCCUUUGUCACUUUUCUAACGCUGAUCUCUAACAGAAGAAUUAAAGCAUUCCAUGUUUCA